AAUAUACAGACGUAUUCAGUUCAAGAAAUCUAUAAAAAUGUUGUUAUCUUUUAUAUUAAGUGUUUGUAUUUUACUGCUUGCAGUGCUUUAUUACAAAAGUUUAAACUAUUGGAAGAAACGCAAUAUAGUAGAAGCAAAUGGAGUACUUUCCAAUUUUUUGUUUGAAAAACGUGCUUUGGCUGAAAUUUAUAAAGAUUUAUGUGAAAAAUAUUCUUCAGAAAUAUACAUCGGGAUCUUCCUUGGGACAAGACCAGCGGUUAUUAUAAAAGACUCUAGGGAUAUACAAACGGUUAUGGGAGAAUUUGAAUCAUUCCAUAGCAGGGGUAUAGUGACGAGUAAAAAUGAUAUUCUUGCUGAUAACUUGCUAUUUAUGAAUAACUAUCGUAGAUGGAAACUCCUCAGACAAAAACUUUCUCCAGUAUUUACAAGUAUGAAGCUUAGAAAUAUGUUCUAUAUUUUUGAUAGAUGUGCGAGUGAUUUUGUCGACUACGUAGGCAAUAAUAAUGAAGAUUUUAAGAAAAACUCUCGCAAAGGGUUAAUUUCUUAUACAGCUGGAAGCAUAACAUCAUCAAUAUUUGGAUUAAAUGAUAACAUUAAAACUAUGGAAUCUCCUUUCAUGGAUAUGGCAAAUAACGUGGUAACGCCGAAUCUAUUAACUAACUUACAAUUUAUUAUAGCUUCCUUAUUUCCGAAUAUUUUUCGUAAGUUGAACCUUACAACAUUUGGAGGAAACCAUGCGGAUUUCUUCAUUGGUUUCAUAAAAAACGUUUUUUCAGCGCGAAAAGCUGAAAGCGGCAAUCGGCAUGAUUUCAUUGAAACUUGUCUACGAUUAAAAAAUGAAGGCAUUAUGCGAGAUCUUUCAACUGGAUAUGAAAUUGAGCCUACCGAUGAGAUAUUAGCGGCUCAGGCAUUUUUUUUCUUUGUAGCAGGAAUUGACACAACUGCCACGGCAAUGCAAUUUACUUUCUUGGAAUUGGCACAAAAUCCAGACAUACUUAUCAAAGUUCAUAAUGAAAUAGAUAAAGUUUUUGAAAAUUGUGGUGAUAAACUUACUCAUGAUGACGUUGAAACACUUAACUACUUGGACAAAGUUAUCAGUGAAGUACUAAGGAUGCAUCCACCUAUUGGAUUAUUACAAAGACUAUGCACUAAAGAUACGAUACUUCCAGCAGGGAAUUUAACAAUUAAGAAAGAUGAAAUUGUUGUAGUGCCCGUGUUUGCGUUGCACAAAAACCCAAAAUAUUUCCCUAAUCCUGACUUAUUUGAUCCGGAGCGUUUUGAUCGAGACAAUGUGGGGAACAUUGAAAACUGUUGUUAUAUUCCCUUUGGAAUCGGCAAUCGCAUUUGUAUAGGAACCAGAUUUGCUCGUCUACAAAUGAAAUGCGGCUUGGCGAGAAUACUCAGGAAAUAUACACUGAAAUAUAAAACAUUUAAACCACACUACGAACCUAGCCCGUUCGCCUUGCGGGACCCUAAAGCAGAAUUUGAACUGAUACCCAGGAAUGUUUGUUAGUAUGUAUUGUGAUGUGUUUAGAUUUAUGGCUUUUAAUAAAAUAUAAUAUUGAAACAUUUAA